CCUUGACUCUAGUGAAUGUACACGUUUCCACUUAAAAAUGCAUCAAAUGUUAAGAGUCACAGAGAGCUGGGUCUGAGGAAAACCAUGGCCGGGCUCAACGUCUCCGCCACCUAUUUCUUUGCUGUUGUGGCUCUCUCUCAGGUGGUCAGGAUGGUCUCCAGAAGGCUCUUUCCGCCCUGGGUUUACUGCACCCUCCUGCUGGAGCUGGUCUCCUGCUUCCAGCUGGGGGCUUGCUGGCUUGAGCUCAGGAUGUUGACGGUGAUUGGGCCGUGGGGAGGGGGGUUUGGGCAGGACGUGGUCCUGACUUUAUUCUUUAUCCUCGUCUUGAUCCACGAGUACACGUUUGAUGGUGCACACGCCAACCCCCUGGUCACCUUGCGGGAGCUGCUCUGCUCCAAUGCUCCGCUGGCAGCUGCUGCUCGAAGGAUCUUGUCCCAGUUUGGAGGGGUGCAGUUGGCCAGCACCAUCACAAAGGUGUACUGGUCCUGGGAGCUGACAGAGUUUCAUCUCAUCCAGAACCUGAUGGCCAUUGACUGCAGCUCCACCAUUCAAACAUCCAUCAGCCACGGAGCCUUGGUCGAAGCAGCCUGCGUUCUUCUACUGCACCUGGUUGUGAUGAAGUUUGAGGGAGCAGCUUCUGGCUUGAGGAUUCUGUCCAAAGCCCUAACAAUCACCGCCUUGGUUUAUAUCGCUGGGCCAUUUACCACAGGUUUAUUUAAUCCAGCACUUGCUUUCUCUGUCACAUUCCACUGUUCUGGGAACACCUUAUUAGAAUACAUGGUCGUCUACUGGUUUAGCCCAUUCAUCGCAACAACUCUGGCUGUCUUACUAUUCAAUGGAUACAUUCCUCUGCUUUUCUCCAAGAAUCUCCUCUAUUCCAAAAGGACAAAGUACAAAAUUCCCAAAGGGAAAUCAUUAUUGGUUCCAGAAGAGAACAAGGCAGCCGACAGCCAACAGACAAGGAAGAGAGAUCACUGGAAGAAGGGCUCCACGGUGGUCGCAGAGACAGAGAAUGACAAGUGAUGAGCUGGAGUGGAGGUGCUGUGCUGAGGGGAUAUCGAUCACAGUAUAAAAUGGUGAAACUUCAGGUUCCUCCAAGUCUCUGGGAGCUGACAGAGGAUUGACAAAAGAUCACAACGGGCACAACCUCUAUAAACAGCAAUGGAAAAAUAGGCAUUAAAAAUAAAACAAUCACAAGUUGUAUCAUUGCUUAAUGAGCUGUUAAAUUAAAUAUACUUGUGCAUAAGACUGAGUGCUUGCUAUUUCUG